UCCCUCCCCUCUACAACUACCACCAAUCUUCUAUCACCACCCGCGGCGGCCAGCACCUCUCUUCUCACACACACACACGAUCCCCCACCGCAACCAGCCAAAAUGGGUCGCGUCCGAACAAAAACAGUGAAGAAAUCCUCCCGUCAAGUCAUCGAACGUUACUACUCACGAAUGACCCAUGACUUCCACACCAACAAGAAGAUCCUCGAAGAAGUCGCCAUCAUCCCGUCGAAGCGUCUCCGUAACAAGAUUGCCGGGUUCUCUACCCAUUUGAUGAAGCGUAUCCAGAAGGGCCCAGUUCGUGGGAUUUCACUGAAGCUUCAAGAGGAAGAGCGUGAGCGCCGUAUGGACUUUGUGCCUGAGGUUUCGGCUAUCAAGACUGACCAGAUUGAGGUUGAUAAGGAGACUAUUGACAUGCUUUCCGCUCUGGGUAUGAGUGAUAUUCCUGGGAUUGUUCAGGUUGAACCGGCGGCUGCCCCUGUCACUCAGUUUACUUUUAGUAGAGGUGCCGGCGCCGGUGCUGGUGGUCCAAGGAGGUUUUGAAGUGUUUUUUUAUGAGUUUUGCAAUAUUUUGAGUAUGGGUACUUUUUAAAUUUUAGUUUGUUUUUGAUGUUAUGGAUGUUUUUAUUUUGGAUAGUUCUAUAGCCGUUAAGCAUGAUGGAUUCUAAUGUCAAUUUAUAAAUCUGGAUAUUAUGAAAAAUGCGUACCCUCAAUUUUUCGUAACGCUGCAUUGGAUUAUAUUUGCUCA